AUGCCGCCCUGGAAGCGGUUGCCGAUACCUACGAAAGUGCCAAAGCUCGUCUACGUUCUUAUAAUUGCCGUCUCGUUGCUUGUCAUAUUCCUGCGUCUGCACUGCAAACGUGAAAUCGCCACCGCCAGCACGGUAGCAGCGGUGCCGGCUAGCGCUCCGAGACGGGAGGUUCAAGUCCGGCCCAAGCCCGGCCUGAAGUACAUCCUCCGUUGGAUCAACCCGACGAACAAACCGACGGAAGACGGUGACGGCUCGCUACUGUUCACGGCGAGGAAUUGCACGUGGAGCAACUGCUACCUGACUGACAGGAGCGAUUUGCUCCAGGACUUCUCCCGCUUCAGCGCGGUCCUGUUCGACUCCCCGGACAUAGAGUACUUCGCGGGCUCCAGGAAGCUGCCCAGGAGGAGGGCGCGCUGGCAGAAGUUCGUGUACGUCAGCGGCGACCCGGCCGCCGCGUCGCCCGUCUGCGACGCGCUGUGGGACGGCUACUUCAACUGGACCUGGACAUACAGACUGGACUCGGAUCUAGUCUGGAGGUACUUCCUGAUCAGAGACGCCCGCGGCAGAGUGGUUGGCCCGAGGAGGGGCAUGCACUGGAUAAACGUCCAAAAUAUGAGUCCCGUCGACAGCAGGUACAUAAUGAAGCUAAGGUCGAAGACCAAGAUCGCCGCGUGGUUCGCGUCCAACUGCAAGACGCAGAGCAAGAGGGAGGAGUUCGUCAGCGAGGUGCAAGGGUACCUCAGCGAGUACAAGCUACAGGUGGACGUCUACGGGAACUGCGGUGAGCACGUUUGCCCGAAGUCCGCCAUGGGGAGCUGCCUUCAGAUGCUCUCAGAGGAAUAUUACUUCUACUUCGCUUUCGAGAGCGCAAUGAGCGAGGACUAUGUCACGGAGAUCGUUCUGCACGCCCUCAACCACGACACGGUGCCCGUUGUUUUUGGCGGGGCAAAUUAUACGAGGUUCCUCCCCGACGGUUCGUAUCUGAACGCGUUGCACUACGGCCCGGAGAGGUUGGCGCGCAGAAUGUACGAGAUAAUGCAGAACCCCUCCGUGUACCAGAUGUUCUUCAGGUGGAGGAGCCAUUACUCGUAUCACGAUCACACCGAAUCUCAGGAAACGGACAACUACUGCGCCCUCUGCGCCGCCGUUAACGAGGACAGUUUCAAUGCAUUCUCCUUGUACAAAAACUUCAUAGAUUGGUGGACGCCAAAAGAAUGGUGCGCGGAG